AUGGCGUUCCUCCAGCGUGGCGCACGGCGAGCUUUUUGCGCCACAGGACGACAAGUCAGCUUGCCUGUUUUAGACUUGUCUCCCUUUAUGUCAUCCUCGUCAUCAGCUUUGCAACGCCAAGAAGCUGCCAGAUCGCUGGACGAUGCAUGUAGCAGUGUGGGCUUUUUCUACCUCGAAGGUCAUGGAGUGCCCACACAAGAGAUUCAGCAGCUGCAUCGCUUGGCAAAGCGCUUUUUUGCGCUGCCCGAGUCUGUGAAGGAGAGCAUUGCUAUGUCCUCACAGCCUGCCCAAGGCAGAGGCUACCAGAGGCUGGGGGAGAACGUGACUCUGAACCAACGGGACUGGCAAGAGGCCAUUGAUUUCUUUGCUCCGAUUCACUCGAAGGAGGUGAACCUCAACGCAUUUGCUGCAGAGCCAGCAAGGAUGCGGGAUGAAGAGAUUGAGAAAUUACAGCAGUUUAUGGACGCCCCGAAUGUUUGGCCAAACCAGCCAGCGGAGUUCAGAGCCUCCGCCGAGGCAUAUUUCUCCAAGGUCUCUCGAGUAGGUGAUGCCUUGAUGCAAGCAAUGGCCUUGGGAUUGGGGCUGCCACAGGACUUCUUCGACCAUCUGACGAACCAGAGCUUUUGGUGUGUCCGGGUGAUUGGCUACCCUGCGCUGCGUCAGGGGGCAGUGGGCCUUUCCUGUGGAGAGCACACGGACUAUGGCUGCUGGACUAUCCUGGCACAGGAUGAGACGCCAGACGCCUUGGAGGUGCAACUGUCCGGUGGGUCCUGGGCCAAGGUGCCACCCCGAGCUGGGGCCUUCGUGGUGAAUCUGGGCGACAUGCUUAGUGUUUGGACCAAGGGUCGCUACAAGGCUACACGGCACCGGGUCCGGCAGACGAAGGGCGACUUUCGCACUUCCAUCGCCUUCUUCUACGAACCCAACUUCGAUGCGGUAAUUCGGCCACUGGAUGUGGCGCCCCCCCUGGGAAAGCCGCAUCCUUGUGAGGGCAGCACGGCACCUUUGGCUCGUGGCCUUGCAGGGGGCGAGCUGAUCUACGGGGAGCAUCUUUUUGCAAAGGUUUCUUCAAAUUUCGACUUUGGAGCUUAG